CCUUUUCUUUAGGUCCCCCCCUAUCCCCUCUGCAAGCCUCAAAGUCCACCAUCCAACCCCCCCUCUUCCCAUCACUUCCCUCAUCCCUCUGCCAUCAGUCCCUCAGCUUUCUAAGUUUUCUCUCUCUCACUCUCUCUCAUUCCAUCAAUUUUUCUAUCUCUUUCAAAAGUUACAGGAGGAACCAAUGGAUGUGGACUUCACAAUUUCUCCUCCAGAGGCCCAGAUGGACCUGAUGGCCAUGAUGAUGGGGAUGGAGAAGCUGACCGAAUCCUCGAAACCUCCACAGCCGUCGGCCGAGUUUGGCGAUGGUCCCCCGCCAGCUUUCCACAAUGCGCCUAACGACACCACUCCGCCCUCGUCAGUACUCGUCGGCGUGCCGUCUUCUGUGCCCUUCAGUGUAACCACCCCCCGUGACCCCGUGAUCACUGAUCCCGUGCUCCGCGACCCCUCCCAGGGCGACAGGCGAGCGUCGGUGGAGGCGAUGAGGGAGAUGAUAUUCCGCAUCGCGGCGAUGCAGCCCAUCCACAUCGACCCUGAGUCUGUGAAGCCGCCCAAGCGGCGGAACGUCAGGAUAUCGAAGGACCCGCAGAGCGUGGCGGCGAGGCGCCGGCGGGAGAGGAUCAGCGAGAGGAUCAGAAUACUGCAGCGGCUCGUGCCCGGGGGAACCAAGAUGGACACCGCAUCGAUGCUGGAUGAGGCCAUCCACUACAUGAAGUUCCUCAAGGCUCAGGUGCAGUCGCUGGAGCGGGCAGCAGCCACGAGCCGCCCCGCUGGUGUUGGGACUAGCCUGGGGCUCUCCCCAGUCCUCGCAGGCUUCUCCAGUGGGAGCUACCCUUGCUUCGACAAGAGGUACGAGAAACCAGAUCAGGGGUUCUUAUGUUGAUCCUCUUGAAAUGAAAUGGACUAAUAAAUUGAUAUUUCUGUUAAUGAUCCCAUGUGGAGCAUGGAUGUCUCAGGGAAGUUCUGCUGAAAAGAGUUAUGUCGUUUGAACCAAGAAUUUCUCUCUCUCUCUCUCUCCCUCUCUGCCUCCUCCUGUCCUUCUUGUUCAACCUAAUUCCUGUUGCUUACGCAUUUGUAAUUCUCCCUUAUAAUAACAGUAACAAGAGACGCUCUAGUUCAUUAUGA